UUUUCUCAUCCAUAUUGCAAACCUUGUGCCAACAGAAGAAGACACGCAUACACCAAUCACUAGAAGUCUCUACAAAAGUAAAAGCGAAAACAAAAACCCCGAUCCAUUCCCACCGAACCCCAAAACAAAUCAAUGGCUGCCGCAGCACCGCCACCACCACCGACGGAACCCUCCACAAAGAUGCCAGAAACCGCCCUACCACGUCACCCAGUUUUCACACGCAUCCGCUUAGGUACUCCUUCCGACGUUCCCUACAUCCACAAGCUAAUGUAUCAAAUGGCCGUCUUCGAACGCCUCACUCACCAAUUCUCCGCCACCGAAUCUUCUUACUCCUCCACCCUCUUCACUCCCACAAACCAACCCUUUCAAUCCAUCACCAUCUUCAUCCUUGAAGUUUCCCCCAACCCUUUCACCGAUACCCAUUUCGACAACAACCCUUUCUACAAACCCUCCACAAAAGUUGUGAACUUGGACCUCCCAAUCGAUGACCCAGAGAAAGAAUUGUUUAGAACACAGCAUGGAAAUGAAGUUUUCGUUGCUGGGUUUGUGUUGUUUUUCCCUAACUAUUCAACAUUUUUGGGGAAACACGGGUUCUAUGUUGAGGAUCUGUUUGUGAGAGAGUGUUAUAGGAGGAAAGGGUUUGGGAGGAUGUUACUUACGGCAGUUGCGAAACAGGCUGUGAAAAUGGGGUAUGGAAGAGUGGAAUGGACUGUGCUUGAUUGGAAUCUUAAUGCUAUUAAUUUUUAUGAGGAUAUGGGUGCUAAUGUCCUGCAGGAUUGGAGACUUUGCAGACUCACUGGGGAUAAUUUGGAGUCUUAUGGAGCUACUGAUUAAAAUUAUAAGUGGAGGCAGUCUUUUAAACAGUUACCAACGUUAGUUCGGCUUACAAGCCGAGGUGGGAUAAAGCAUAAGGAAGCAGCCAACUCGUAGAUGAAGAUUGUUGCUUUUGUAUUCCUUAACAAAUUUUGUCACUUGUCUCUUUGGUCAUCCAAAAUGUUCCGUUUUUGUUCGGAAGUCAUAUUCAUAGUGGUGAUGGCGGAUCGGUAGAAGAAAUUACUUCAGAUGGUGGUGCUUGGCUGGAAAGUGUGAUAGGAAUCAACGCUAAAGAUCCGAUGGUGGGGUGGUAGUUGCAAUAAGAGGCUUAUAUAGCUAACAAAGAAGUGAUAUUAGGUUUGAGCCUGAUUUAGAGUGCACUAAAGUUGAGUCCGGGUCUAGCACAGUUGUCCCCAAGUCGAUUGCUUAUAUUAAUAUGAGUGGUCGGUCCACUUGUAAUCAUGGUUGUCUUUCGGGUGUUAACCUACAAGAUUGGUUGAAACCCACAAUAUUUAUGUAUAUACAUGAGAGGUGAUAAACGUAGUGAUGUGUUUUGACCUGUGUCA